AUGGCGGCCACCAUCGGAAGACUCCUCAGGACCUCGGCACAGGUUGCAGCAGCUGGGCUCAGAGUUCCGGCAGCCUGUCAUCAUGGAGCCCGUGGGGCCGCCAGGUUCCUCGCCGCCCCCGCACUUCAGAAAUCCUGUUUCUCCACCACCACUUCCAGAUGGACCCCUGCUGUCACUCAGCCGGCUCCCGCCUUCAAAGCCACAGCUGUCCACGAUGGGGAGUUCAAGGAGCUGAGUCUGGAGGAUUUCCACGGCAAAUACCUGGUUCUUUUCUUCUACCCGCUGGACUUCACGUUUGUGUGCCCGACCGAGAUCAUCUCGUUCAGCGACAAAGCCAGCGAGUUUCACGACAUUAACUGCGAGGUGGUGGGGGUGUCGGUGGAUUCCCACUUCACCCACCUGGCCUGGGUCAACACUCCACGGAAGGCUGGAGGCCUGGGCCACAUCCACAUCCCCUUACUGUCGGACCUCAACAAGCAGAUCUCCAGAGACUACGGGGUCCUGCUGGAGGAUCCGGGCAUCGCUCUGAGGGGACUGUUCAUCAUCGAUCCACACGGCGUGGUGAGGCACAUGAGCGUGAACGACCUGCCAGUUGGCCGCUGCGUGGAAGAGACCCUCCGUUUGGUGAGGGCAUUUCAGUUUGUGGAGACUCAUGGAGAGGUGUGCCCGGCCAGCUGGACCCCCGAGUCCCCGACAAUCAAGCCGACUCCAGAGGGAUCCAAGGAGUACUUUGAACAGGUUAACUGA